AUGACGGUAUAUGGAAGUACUCCAUGUGAUGGCACCCCCUUGUUGGGCCUUGUGGUGGGUGGGGUCACUAAGACUCGAAUAAUUAUAUAUAAUUAUGGAUUCAAAAACCAAAAACGAUCAGAUACACCAACAACAAAUGAAAAGACAUCCAGUCAGCCAUCCUACUUGAUAAUACAUGCUACUGGAGAAAAACCUCUUUCGAAAUGCUUUCCAUUUCUCAUUCAAAAAAUAUUUGAAUCAAGUAUUGGACACCUGAAAAAGAUACAAAAAUUGAGGUCAGGGGACUUACUUGUAGAAACUGCCUCAUCUCAACAGUUGGCAAAACUUUUAGUUACAAAGAACCUGGGAGAUAUUGAAGUAACAGUCACACCACAUGGAAACCAAGGCGUCACUGCUGUCCGACGUAUCUCCAUUUGUCGAGAUGGCAAGUUGAUACCAACUAAACAUCUCAUUCUUACUUUCGGAAAGCUGACAUUAUCAUUAUUUGUUACUGCAGGAUAUCUGCGCUGUCCAGUUCGUCCAUACAUUCCAAACCCGCUUCGUUGCUUUAAAUUCCAGCGAUUUGGACAUUCCCAAACAUCCUGUCGAGGCAAAAGUUUGUGCGCACAGUAUGGAGUUGAAGGCCACCAGAGUACUGAGUGUACAACCACUCCAUGCUGCGUCAACUGCAAGGAUGCCCAUCCUGCCUACUCUUGA